AGGGGAAGUCCCGCCCCGACCGCCCGCUCCCGGGGCCGCCGUCCCGCCCUCGGCGGAAGGCGGGAAGCGGCUCCGGCCAUGGGUGACAUCCACGAGGUGCCGCGGCCGCGUAUCGCCACGGGCCAGCUGGCGCAGCACAUCGGGGGGCCCGUCUGCUUCGUGGGGCGCGUCGAGAAGAUUCAUCCCAGCGGGAAGCUUGUCGUGCUUGCGGAUGGACUCGGAAAGCAUACGACUGUGGAGCUGAGCGAGCCUCUGGAUGAGGAGAUUUCAGGAGUUAUUGAAGUGGUGGGAAGAGUAACAAAUCAGGCCACCAUCAUGUGUGCGUCAUAUGUCCAGUUCAGAGAAGAUAAAAGUUCAUUUGAUCUGGAACUCUACAAUGAAGCACUAAAAAUUAUUCAUGAAUUCCCCGAAUACUUCCCAUUUGGUACUGGGAUGAACACUUGAUUGUUAUUAGCAUGUAUUUAGAGCUUGAGAGGAGACAACAGUACUGUGGUUUCUCACCUGACAGCAUGGUAACAGUUGCAGUUAUUUUCAACAAAUAUACCGAAAAGACACUGUUGCAUGUGCUAAGUAUUGCCUUUGAGGAGUAUUUUCUCUGAAAAUGUAUUUAUUCAGCAAGGAGAAUGAAUGUGAAUGUCUCACUCACUGUAUAUAUUUAACCCUUUUCCAUCUGUGAUGAGUGUCCUCUUACAAGAUCAGACUUGUCAGAAACUGAAAUUUUGUAAGCAUCCUUUUCUAGUUGGUAGAGGUUCUAGGAUAACUUUUAUGAAAAAAAAAUGGUGGGGUUCCAAUAUAAAGAUUUUUGAUUUAAUUUGCUUUGAUAUAAAUUUAUUGAAUGAGUGGGUAUUUUGCAUCUUGAAAAUGGUAUCUUCUCCAAUAAAAAAGAUUCCCUGCA